CGAGCAAGGGAGGGUUUAUCGGGCGGCCGAUUUUGAUUAAAAUAUUCAAAAUGGCGGACGGAGGAGCAGCGAGUCAAGAUGAGAGUUCGGCGGCGGCGGUGGCGGCAGACUCAAGAAUGAACACUCCGUCAGAAACCAGUAAACCUGUAAAAAUGGAGAGUGGUGAUGGGGACACAGGCACACAGACAAAUGGCCUGGACUUUCAGAAACAGACUGUGCCUGCCGCAGGGGCAGUAUCUACAGCCCAGGCCUUCCUUGGACACCUUCAUCAGGUUCAGCUCCCUGGAUCAAGUUUACAGGCUGCUGCCCAGUCCUUAAAUGUACAGUCUAAACCUAAUGAAGAAUCUGGGGACAGUCAGCAGCCAAGCCAGCCUUCCCAGCAGCCUUCAGUACAGACGGCCAUACCCCAGACCCAGCUCAUGCUGGCCGGAGGACAGAUCACUGGGCUCACGUUAACACCAGCCCAGCAGCAAUUAUUGAUACAACAGGCACAGGCACAGUUGCUGGCAGCUGCAGUGCAGCAUUCAGCCAGUCAGCAGCACAAUGCUGCAGGCGCCACCAUCUCAGCUUCUGCUGCAACGCCCAUGACACAAAUCCCUCUAUCUCAACCGAUACAAAUUGCACAGGAUUUGCAGCACCUGCAGCAGCUCCAACAACAGAAUCUCAACCUGCAACAGUUUGUGUUGGUGCAUCCAACAACCAACUUGCAACCAGCACAGUUCAUCAUCUCACAGACGCCGCAGGGGCAGCAGGCUGCCGCACACUGGGUCGGGUCAACAUCUUCAUCGAGUUACCCUCUACAACCUCAAGGUCUCAUUCCUGGUCUCCUGCAAGCGCAGAAUCUCUUAACGCAACUACCUCAGCAAAGCCAAGCCAACCUCCUGCAGUCUCAGCCAAGCAUCACUUUCACCUCUCAGCAGCCAGCAACCCCAACACGCACAAUAGCAGCGACCCCUAUUCAGCCACUUCCACAGAGCCAGUCAACACCAAAGCGAAUUGAUACCCCCAGCUUGGAAGAGCCCAGUGAUCUUGAGGAGCUUGAGCAAUUUGCCAAGACUUUCAAACAAAGACGGAUCAAACUUGGAUUCACUCAGGGUGAUGUUGGGCUCGCUAUGGGUAAACUCUAUGGAAAUGACUUCAGUCAAACUACUAUCUCUCGCUUUGAAGCCUUGAACCUCAGCUUUAAGAACAUGUGCAAGUUAAAACCACUUCUGGAAAAGUGGCUCAAUGAUGCAGAAAACCUCUCAUCAGAUUCAGCUCUCUCCAGCCCAAGUGCCCUGAAUUCCCCAGGGCUGGGGAUUGAGGGCUUGAACCGCAGGAGGAAGAAACGCACCAGCAUAGAGACCAACAUACGUGUGGCCUUAGAGAAGAGUUUCCUGGAGAACCAAAAGCCUACCUCGGAAGAGAUCACCAUGAUAGCUGACCAGCUGAACAUGGAGAAAGAGGUGAUCCGCGUUUGGUUCUGUAACCGGCGCCAGAAGGAGAAAAGGAUUAACCCACCGAGUAGUGGUGGAACCAGCAGCUCGCCCAUCAAAGCAAUUUUCCCUUGCCCAACUUCAUUGGUGGCAACCACACCAAGCCUUGUGACAAGCAGUGCAGCUACAACCCUGACUGUCAACCCUGUGCUCCCUCUAACCAGCGCGGCAGUAACUAGUUUGGCAGUCACAGGCACCACAGAAACCAUCCCCAACAACACAGCGACUGUGAUUUCUACCGCACCCCCGGCUUCCUCAGCAGUGACAUCACCCUCCCUGAGUCCCUCUCCUUCUGCCUCCGCUUCCACUUCUGAGGCAUCGAGUGCCAGUGAGACCAGCACAACACAGACAACCUCCACCCCCAUGUCCUCAGCAAUUGGGACCAGCCAGGUGAUGGUAACUGCUUCUGGGUUGCAAACAGCAGCAGCGGCACUCCAAGGAGCUGCACAGUUGCCUGCAAAUGCAAGUCUUGCUGCCAUGGCAGCAGCAGCAGGACUAAAUCCAGGCUUGAUGGCAUCCUCACAGUUUGCAGCUGGAGGUGCCUUACUCAGUCUCAAUCCAGGGACACUAGGCGGUGCUCUCAGCCCAGCUCUGAUGAGUAACAGCACUCUGGCAACUAUUCAAGCUCUUGCAUCUGGUGGCUCUCUUCCAAUAACAUCACUGGAUGCAACUGGGAACUUGGUAUUUGCCAAUGCUGGAGGUACGCCGAACAUCGUCACUGCCCCUCUGUUCCUGAACCCUCAGAACCUUUCACUGCUCACCAGCAACCCAGUUAGCUUGGUCUCUGCAGCUGCAGCCUCCGCAGGGGCCUCUGGACCAGUUGCCAGCCUUCAUGCCACCUCCACCUCAGCAGAGUCUAUCCAGAACUCUCUCUUCACCGUGGCCUCGGCCAGCGGGGCUGCCUCCACCACUACUACUGCCUCCAAGGCGCAGUGAGUUGGACUGAGCUGUGCUUACCCAUAGCCUAUUUUACUCUGCAGUGAGAUGGGCUGCCAGCUGGGUUUACAAACUGCAAAAUGUGAUUGGUUUCCUCUCACCGUGUUGCUGGGGACAAGGGAGAGAAGGAAAAAUACAAAAGGAAAAAAAAACCAAGAAGAAGGAUUUAAAACUGGGACAAACAUUUGCCUAAUUUUAUAAUAAACACUGUCUUUUCAGGAUUGCUUCAUUGACUGGAGAACUUUCUAACCAAAAAUGUAUAAAACAAAAAAGGACUACUUAUCAUUUCCAGCAGUAUCAAUGACAAGUUAAGGUGGGUUAUCAACUCAAACGUAGGAAUGGGAUUUCUUCUUUCUUUUUGAUCUAAAUAUCUUUUUUUAAUUAUCAUUUAUUGGUCUGUUGUACAGGCCAUAAUGUCAUACAAGGUGUUUAUAAUCUUAUCAAUCGUGUUGGGGGUUCCUUUCUUAACUGGUACAAUUUAGGCAGGCCUGUAUUACUGAUGUAUCUCUUUAUGAUUAUUAUUAUUAUUUUUAUAAAUAUAUAUAUAUAUA